AUGCCAGCUCUUCCGAUUCUCAAAUUUCCAACCCUCGUUUUGAAGAAGAUUCUGAGAUCAAUCGAUAUUGACACAGUAUUCCCCAUCUCAUUAUGUUCCCGUAAAAUGUAUUACCUUGUCAAGAAUUUCCGAGACAAGACAGACCCUAUACGUGUUUUAGUAGAUGGGAAAAGGUCGAAUAUAUAUGUGUCGGUACCGGAAAAUGGCUUCACCGUGUACGUAGCUCCAAUAACUGAAAAUUCUAAAACUGCUGAAUCAGUGAAUAUCAAUGGUCACCGGGUAUCAAUGGAUCGUUCGAGGAAGCAUCAUGUCUCGACCACUUAUUGGAAUGAUGACAUUCAAGGGAUUCCAACGGUUUACGAGUACCUGUUGGAGUUAUUAGAAUUCAAAUGUGCACCGGAAGUCGUCGUGUCCCGGAAGACCCUCUGGUUGUUAAGUUAUAUUGAGAAGAGACAGGGAGAUAACUAUCAUUUGGUUAUUGAGGACUUAACUAAAGAAGUCUGUCAUUUCAUUCUAAAGGAUUAUCAUCCGCAAGUUGUGAGGAUUUUGUCGUUACCGAAUAACUUCCCAAUCACACAAUACAUGAAUUCAAUUGAAUCACUAAUUGCUGACUCGCAAUUGUCUCUUACUCUCAAUGAUGUACUUAACACAAACUGUGUGGAGCUAGUUUUAUGGGAAAUCCAUUUCACUAGCACAGAAGUGAAACGGAUCCUCCAACACUGGGCGAUCGGAGGGUUCAAACGACUCAAGUAUCUUGGUUUAUAUGUUACAGGCAUGAAUUUGGAAGACGUAUUUGAAGAGUUGGCUCACACUCAGAUGACGGAGAAGAGAGAGUAUAAAUCAAAUAUUGAGGAUGCCACUUUCAGUGAUCGACUAAUUACCCGGAAUGAUGGUGUCGUCGCUUCUUUUCGAUAUGACGAGCAAUACGGAAGAGUUGAAUUUGGUGUCUGGCCGGAUUCAGAGGGAAAUCAAUACUAA